AUGAAUCAACAAUUACCACCGCAAAAUUCAAAAUACAAUCGUGAUUCCAUUAUGGAGACUUUCACUACUUCCCAACUUCGACAGCAAGAGCUUAUGACAAAGCAAUUUGAGCUACAAGCAAAGCAAAAUGAACACUUUGAAAGCUCGAUUCAAAUGCUUAUUGCUCAAAAUAAGAGGAUAGAAACUCACCUUUCUCAACUUUCACAACAAGUGAGUCAUUUAUCAACUCUUCAUGAUCAAGCAAAAGUCCAAAAGGAACAAUGCAAUGCAGUUUUCUUGAGAAGAGAUGAAUUAUUUUCGAGGAAAAUAGAUGAGAAAGUGUGCAGUGUGGAGUCAAGAAAAGAUGAAAAGUGUGAGGAUGUAAAAAGUCCCAAAUAUGUUGCUCCACCAGCCUAUGAAGAACCGAUGUCCUUCUCGCAAAGGUUGUCAAAAGCUGUGCUCGAUAAACAUUUUGGGAAAUAUUGCGAGACUCUUAAAAAGGUACAUGCUUCCAUUCCUUUUUCUGAUCUUUUAAUUCAAAUGCCUCAAUUUGCAAAAUUUAUGAAGGAAAUUAAAGAUCAACAUGAUGAUAAGGAAGUUAGUUUGCAAAAACUUAAACCUUCCCCUAUUUCUCUUCAAAUGGCUGAUAGGACUGCUAGACUCCCUAAAGGUGUGGUUGAGGAUGUAUUAGUUAAGGUUGGUGAACUUGUUUUUCCUGUUGAUUUUGUUGUUAUGGAUAUGAAAUAA